AUGAUAAAUCUGUCUUCAGCCAAAAAAUGUGGAUGGCAAAACGGGGGGAAAUUGUGUCCAAACGGCCAAUGUUGCAGCCAAUGGGGAUGGUGCGGCAAUUCAGACGAUUACUGUGGACAGGGUUGCCAGAGCCAAUGCCACGUUGAACAAUGUGGGUGGCAAAACGGGGGAACAUUGUGUCCAAAUGGCAAAUGCUGCAGCCAAUGGGGAUGGUGCGGAAUCUCGAACGCUCAUUGCGGGGAAGGAUGCCAGAGCCAGUGUCACAUCGCUUCUCCUCGAUCUCCACCGCCAGUUUCUAAACUGAUAUCAAGAUCGCUGUUCGAACAAAUGCUUCCUCACAGGAACAAUCCCGCUUGUUCAGCUAGAGGGUUCUACACUUACGACGCUUUUCUCAAGGCCGCCAGUUCGUUCCCAGGCUUUGGCACCACUGGCGAUGAAGCCACCCGCAAGAGGGAGAUCGUCGCCUUCUUUGGUCAGACCUCCCAUGAGACUAACGGAGAAGAGCCAACCGCGCCAGAUGAACCAUACGCGUGGGGAUACUGCAUCAAGGAAGAGGUCGAGCCAUGGUCCGACUACUGCGAACCCGGUAGCAGCCGGUGGCAAUGUGUUCCUGGCAAACGCUACUUCGGCAGGGGUCCCUUUCAACUCAGCUGGAACCACAACUACGGACCAUGCGGAGAAGCCCUAGGCUUGGACUUGCUCGGAAACCCCGACCAUGUGGCCAACGACAGUGUCAUUUCCUUCAAAACGGCCCUAUGGUUUUGGAUGACGCCACAAGCCCAGAAACCCUCAUGCCACGAAGUUAUAACCAGCAAGUGGGUGCCAUCAAAAAAUGACGUCAGAGCGGGAAGACUUGCUGGCUAUGGAGCCAUCACCAACAUCAUCAAUGGAGGGCUCGAGUGCGGGAUCCAUGAGGAUGCUCGAGCCAGGAGCCGCAUCGGCUUCUACAAGAGGUACUGUGAUAUUCUUGGGGUGACUCCUGGCGACAAUCUUGAUUGCGACAACCAGUUGCCUUUCGGGUUUGGUCCGUCGUUGGACGCUACUGUCUGAGCGACAAAGUAUUCUCUUAACGUACGGGCCGCAUAUAUGUAUCCUACCUCAACAAAUUAAUGAAUAAAAUCGUACUGUUAUGGUAUGGAGAGUUUAUAUA